AUGGCGAUCACGGGGUCCAAGAAGCCGGGGCAGGCGGCGCAGCUGAAGCAGAUGCUGCGGAGGUGCUCGUCCAGCCUGGGGAGAAAGGGCGGCGACGGGCUGCCCGGGGACGUGCCGAGGGGCCACUUCCCCGUGUACGUCGGCGUCAGCCGGAGCCGCUACAUCGUGCCGGUGGCGUGCUUGGCGGCGCCCGAGUUCCAGGGGCUGCUCAGGAAGGCCGAGGAGGAGUUCGGCUUCGCGCACGACAUGGGCAUCACCCUACCCUGCGACGAAGCCACCUUCCACGCCGCCCUCGCAUCCGCCUCCGCCUCCGCCUCUGCCGCCGCCGUCAGAUGAUAUGAGGCGAGCUUAAUUAGGCGCUUGCAUUGCGAUUGCAUUGCUCGCUAGACUAGAAAAUUCAGCGGAAUUUGGAUGCCACGUUCUGGUUCUUGCUUUUCUCCUCCCUAGCUAGCUUCAAUUCUCCUGCAAGUGCAGCUCUGCUGAUCUCGACACUCGAUGAUCGAGCUGUGAAAAUUCUCAGAGUGGUGUGCCACUUGGCUGCCCUGUGAGAACGGGAUCCCAUGAUCGCCCAAGUAAAAAAAUAAUUAUCCUUUUCCUGCCCAGCGAUAAAAUAACAACAUUUUCAUCGGAUGAUUAUUUUCUUGUUACUGCGUAUACUGUACUACUUUUUACUGGACCGCCCUGAUCAAUCACAUGGU